AUGGCGGUCGCAGAAGCAAAGUUCGCGUUAUGUACAUUUGUAGUGUAUAUAACACUUGUAGUUUCUCUCUUUUUUGAUCAACAGUUACCUGUUACACAGUGGAUUAUGUCAGUGAAAGUCCUUCUUGGUUUUAGCUUGACAUUAUUGCUUUUUGUUCUGCCUCAUUCUCAAGUGACUAAACGUUCAGCGUUUCUAGGCUGUGUUUUUGGGACUGGUCUUCUGUUCAAUAUUGACCAAGAGUACUUCUAUUGGAAAUACCUGGGAUGGUACCUAUGUGCCUUAUCAUUUUUUCAUUUUUCUGAGUACAUAAUGAUAGCGAUAUACAAUGCCGAUAAACUUUCAAUCGAUUCAUUUUUACUAAACCACAGUCCAGAAUAUAAAAUAGCAGCAGUGGCUAGCUGGGUUGAAUUUCUUGUCGAGUUCUACUUAUUUCCGGUGGUGAAAACUCAGUUCCUGAUAAGUUUCGUUGGACUUUGUUUGGUUGUUUUUGGUGAAGUAAUGCGAAAAUUAGCGAUGGUGACAGCCAAAUCAAACUUCACUCAUUUGAUUCAGUUUACGAAACAUGAACAGCAUACAUUGGUAACACAUGGUUUAUAUAGCUGGUGUCGGCAUCCUGGUUAUGUUGGAUGGUUUUAUUGGAGUAUUGGAACUCAGAUUAUCCUGUGUAAUCCUAUGUGCUUUGUUGUAUAUAUAUUGGCAUCAUGGCAAUUCUUUAAAGAUCGUAUCUGGGAUGAAGAGAUGUCAUUGGUUCAGUUCUUUCGUCAAGAUUAUAUAGACUAUCAAAAUAAAGUUGGAACAGGACUGCCAUUUAUUUAUGGUUUCAGACCUGAAGUAGAUUUAAAGAAAUAAAAUGACAGCAUUUUAGAAUAUCCUGUUUGAUAGACAAUGAGAGGAAUGAUUCACUGAAGUAAUUUCUAAA